AGGCAUUGUGUGUGGCUGCUGGAGGCAUUGUGUGUGUAUGAGACUGGAGGCAUUGUGUGUGUGAGAUAAAGAUAGGAUGAUGCUGGAAAAGUACGGACCUAAUAUGUUUUUCUUGUCUUUUUUUUAAGGUUCUGUGGUGAAGAGUUGUGACUGAAAGAAACCCUCAUGAUGGUCUGGGCCAGAUGGAGAAGAAAAAGAAAAGUGAAUGACUCCGAUCAGAGAAGAAGCACUGUAAUCUACAUAGCUAACAGAUAUAUAGGUUUCUACAGCAACUUUUAAGCAUAGUGUCUGGAGAACUAGUCAAGAAAGUUUUUGCAGUAACCAAUCUCGAUACUUUGCUGGCCAGAAAAUAUUCCUGUUACCCACAAAAGCAUGCAACAAAAAGUCAAAGGAAGUAAGAAACUGGCACAAAGUGAUCCAGGUGAGAAACAGGAAGGUAAGCUACACCGACAGGGAAACAGGUGCAUAGGAGGACGCAGGAAGGCUGACACAUCAAAGCUGACUGAACAGAGUAGACAAGAUGGGCCCUCCUUUGAGGCUGCACGAGCUGAUCCGAGCCAUUCGUAGUGUGAAGACACAGAAUGAAGAGCGAGAGGUGAUCCAGAGGGAGUGUGCUGAAAUCCGAUCUUCAUUUCGGGAUGAGGACUCAGUUUACCGUGGACGAAGUGUGGCUAAGCUCUUGUAUGUGCACAUGCUGGGGUACCCCGCACACUUUGGACAGAUGGAGUGUUUGAAAUUGAUAGCCUCCCCCCGGUUUACAGACAAACGGGUUGGAUACCUUGGUGCCAUGAUGUUGCUAGAUGAAAGGCAGGAUGCUCAUCUAUUGAUAACCAACAGUAUGAAGAGAGAUUUGGAGCACAGCUCAGCAGUGGUGCAAGGUCUGGCUCUCUGUACUCUUGCAUGUUUAGGAUCUGUAGAGAUGUGUCGGGACCUGGCUGGAGAAGUUGAACAUCUUCUACAAACAGCGAAUGGCCAUGUGAAGAAAAAGGCCGUUUUGUGUGCCGUGCACAUCAUCAGGAAGGUCCCGGAUUUAGUGGAAAUGUUCAUCCCAACCAGUGAAAUGCUUCUUGCAGAAAAGAGGCAUGGUGUGUUCUAUGGAGCUGUUCUUUUAGCGACAGAGAUUUGCCAGCAACAACCUGCAGCCAUUAAAGGUUUCCGCAAGAUACUUCCACUGCUCCUACAGAAACUCAAGCAGAUCAUGUCUGGUUAUUCCCCAGAACACGCAGUAUCUGGUGUCACCGACCCCUUUUUACAGGUCCGUAUUUUACGACUAUUGAGAGUGCUAGGACAAAAUGAUGAGAGUAUCUGUGAUGCAAUGAGUGACUUGUUAGCCCAGGUUUCCACUUGUACAGAAACACAGACAAAUGCUGGUAAUGCGGUCUUGUAUGAAACUGUGCUCACCAUUGUGGAAACCAAGUCUGCAAGUGGCUUACGGGUUCUGGCUGUUAACAUCCUUGGCCGUUUCCUUCUAAGUAAUGAUAAAAACAUCAGAUUUGUUGCCCUAACAUCUCUCCAACGUUUGGUGCAGUCUGAUCAUGCAGCGGUACAGAGACAUAGACAGACAAUAGUGGAGUGUCUUAGACAGACAGACAUAUCUGUAAACAGGAAGGCUCUGGACUUGUGUUUUGCACUUGUGAAUGAAACAAACAUUCGUGUGAUGAUGAAAGAAUUUCAGAGGUUUCUGCAGUCCUGUGCACCAGAGCUGAAGGAACAGUGUACAUCAGGAAUAUUCCUUUGUUCAGAAAAAUAUUCCCCAUCCAAGCGUUGGCACAUAGAUACCAUAAUGGACACGCUGGUCACAGCGGGGGAGAGUGUUCGUGACGAUGCAGUUUCACACCUUAUUCAGCUGAUCAGUGGGUCUUCAGAGCUGCAUGGCUACAUUGUUCAAAGACUCUACAAAGCAGUGAGAAAAGAUAUUAUACAGCAACCUUUAGUUCAAGUGGCAGCAUGGUGCAUCGGGGAGUAUGGGGACCUCCUACUGCUUGGAGCUUGUGAAGAAGAGGAACCUAUACAGGUGACAGAGGAUGAUGUUCUUGAUGUACUGGAAGGUGUUUUACAGUCACAUAUUUCUCUGCCCAGCACGCGGGCCUACACCCUAACAGCAAUCAUGAAACUUAGCACACGCUUCAACAGCACCAUAAAUCGUAUUCGUCGAGUGGUGUCUAUAUAUGGAUGUUGUCAUGAUGUGGAGUUACAGCAGAGAGCAGUAGAAUACAAUGCACUAUUCAAGAAAUAUGAUCACAUGAGGUCAGCUAUUCUGGAGAAGAUGCCAUUGCCAGACAAGUCUACUUUGGCAGAAACUGAAACUUGUAUUGGAGAAAUCAAAGAAAACACUGAGAGCCAACCAAAAAGUAUUUCCUCCGCAAGCCAGCCAGCUAGUUAUGUUACAGACCUCUUGGGCUUGUUGGAAGAGAGUAUAGAUAGCACACCAGUGACCCCAGGGUUAUCUUCCAUAAGCCAGAACGUACCCAAUGGAAGCUUGUUGGAUCUUUUAGAUGAAACUCCAAAUCCAGCAGCUGUUCCAUCAAUUGUUGCCUAUAAUAAUAAUGGAAUUCAAGUAGAAUUCUCCUUUAUGCGUCCACCAUCUAGCCCAGCCCUCCUAGUCCUCAAUUCUUGUGCUACAAACUCCUCAUCUAGUGAUAUCUCUGACUUCCAGCUACAGGCUGCAGUGCCCAAGAGUGUUCAGAUCCAACUCCAGGCUCCUAGUGGAUCUUUACUUCCAGCUUCUGGUGGAGGAUCAGUCACACAGUCUAUUCGCAUUUUGAACCCCCAAAAGGUUCCUUUACGUAUGCGGCUACGUUUGUCUUUUACACAUAAUGGAAAUCUAGUCCAGGAUAUGUGUGAAGUGAACAACUUUCCUGCAGAAACAUGGCAGUGAUAUGAUCUGUUUGUAUAGACACUCACAUGAAAAGGCAGAGACAUUAAGGAUUUUUUUCCUGAAUGAUGGAAAAGAAAAGAAACCGAUCAGUGAGUUACAUUCGGCAGAUCUGUACUAAUCGGAUCCAAGGAAGGUGGCAGUUUCUAUUUAUGUGCAAUGCUUACAGUAUACACUAUACACAGCAACAGCAUACUACAUGCACAUGACAUAUCACCCAGAUAUUUAAGAAUCUGAAAGACAUUCUAAUAAAAUUGCAUUGAAGACCAAACAUGCCAUUUUCCUCCUCUAGGUGGCAAUCUUUUACCUUGACUUUUUUUUUUUUUUAACCUUGCUUCCCAAUAUUCCAAUAUUGCUAAAUACUGUGCCAGUCUGUCUGUACACUACACUAAGGCACUCAAAACAUGUAUCAUAGCAAAUAUGCAGACAGAAGAAAUCCCAUUAGGGCAACAUAAAAAUACAGAAAUGGUUAACCCUUUCAUUCGCCGUCUACAGAUUUGCCAAUUCCCUUUAGGCUGUUUGUGUUAAUUAGGAUUUGCGAGUAUAAUGAAUUCUCCAGCUAAUUAAUGCUGUGUAGUGAUGAUGAGGGGGUUGCCUGAAAUAGUGUGUAAGGGGGGAGCAGCCACAUGAUGGGGGGGGGGGGUUCAUGUGAGUGGCACCGAGCCAGCCUCAGCCUGUACCUGCCCCCUUCAAGAUGACAGACUGCAAGAGACAACAGGGAGAGAGAGCGCAGUGACGAAGGAGGGAGAGUGCGCAGAGUAGCAGAUGCAUCCGCCAUCGAAAAAUCAGCAUUUCCUCUACCCUCCCACCAAUA